CUCGCGAGAUCGUCCCGCCGGAGGGGUUCCGGGCCAAGUAUGGCGGAAUCAGAGGUGAUGCUCCGGCGGGUUCCGAGUCGCUCUUCCUGGCAGCGGGUCCGCAAAGCCCGGCCCCAUCUCCUCCUCAGCCGUCGGGGCCGUCGCCGGUUUGGGGUCCUCACCCGGGGUGAGCUGCGUCGCCUGCGACGGCGGCUGCUACGGGCGCACGCUUUGGGCGGGGACUGGAAGCUAGGUGUCCCCGCGGGCGCGCACGUGGCGGUAAAGUGCAAAAUCCGAACCCGCAGCCGGCCGGGGUCCCGCAGCCAGCCCACGCCGAGCGUCCCGCCCGUGCCCUGCACCCGGGUCGGGUCAUGCAGCCUGCUCAAUCCCCGAAACCAUUCCACGCCCCAAAGCCGGGCCGGGCGCCGGGUCCUAAAGGUGUCGCCGAACAUCACCCAACCCACGUUGGACUUAGGCUCGGGCCGCGUGUUGCUGAUGCUACCGCCCGGAGAGGGUUUUACUUUUAGUGGGAUCUGCCGCGUGACUUGCAUCUAUGGCCAGUUGGAAAUAUAUGGCCAUAUCAUCAAACAAGGCCAGCCUCCUCAAGAUGUCUUUUCUGUCUACACCCACUCUUACCUGACCAUCAAUGGGGUUCCCUACUCAGAACCUGAGAAAAGCAAGAAGGGGAUCAGAAGGGAGAUCCGGGCCCUGCUCAAGCCUUACAUGAAACUCGAUGACAGAAACUGGGUAGUGCGGUAUUUCCCUCCCCUGGGCUCCAUUCUGAUUCUGGAACGGCUGCAGACUCGCCUUGUGGACUUCUUGAGGACCUAUAAGUGCGCCUCAUACGUGCUCCUGCAGGAGAACAUUCUUGUUCGGGAUAAUUCUGAAUUUGUAGCUCUGAAUAAAAUUGGCAUCAGAAGACAGAAAAGGAAGAAAGGCAUUUGCUUGAGUGAGAGCGGACUUUGUGCCCUGGAAGAGUUAAUCAGCGUGUCCUGUGUAGAUGGCUGCCCUGUCAUCCUGUUGUGUGGCGCUUGUGACAUUGGAAAAUCAACGUUCAGUAGAAUACUGAUUAACCACUUAUUAAAUAGCAUUCCUGGGGUUGACUAUCUGGAAUGUGAUCUGGGGCAGACAGAGUUCACUCCUCCUGGCUGUAUUUCUUUACUUAACAUCACAGAACCACUUCUGGGACCCCCUUAUACCCACCAGAGGAAGCCACAGAAGAUGGUGUAUUUUGGGAAGACGAACUGUCACAAUGAAUAUGAGAAUUACAUUGAGAUAGUAAAAUACGUAUUCAGAGAUUAUAAAAGAGAGUUUCCACUUAUCAUCAACACUAUGGGUUGGGUGUCAGGUGACGGGCUGCUGCUGCUUGUCGACCUCAUCCGAGUGCUUUCCCCCAACUAUGUCGUUCAGUUGACUUCUGACCGCAGUGAGCCAAUGCAGCCUCUCACCUCCGAAUUCGUGGAGCUCACAGAUGGCCUGUAUACAAAAAGCAAGAUCAAAAGAUACCGAGGUUUUGAAAUUCCAGAAUUUGGAGACAGUUUGGGAUUUGCUGAGGAAGAGAAAGAGUCUAGUCCAGUUCCCGUCUUCACUGGACAUAUAUUGCUGACUGUUUACUCAGAAUUCUUAAGUAGUAAAAAUGAAAAAAACAGGGGCAAAUACAACAGGAUUUUUCGAGAUCUGGCGGUGUUGGGCUACCUUAGCCAGCUGAUGCUUCCAGUGACAGAGCCACUUUGUCCUUUGCACAGCCUGACACCCUAUCAGGUCCCCUUCAAUGCAGUUGCUAUCCGGGUCACGCACGCCGACGUUGCACCUACCCACAUACUGUACGCUAUGAAUGCCAGCUGGGUCGGCCUUUGCAAGAUUGUGGAUGAUAUGAAAGGCUACACUCGGGGCCCCAUUCUGCUGGCCCAGAACCCCAUAUGUGACUGUUUGGGCUUUGGUAUCUGCAGAGGCAUUGACAUGGACAAGCGGCUGUACCACAUCCUCACCCCUCUACCACCAGAGGAGUUAAGAACUGUGAACUGUCUGCUGGUUGGCACCAUUUCCAUUCCACAUUGUAUUUUCAAGAAUCAGCCUGGGACUGAAGGGACAGUUCCUUAUGUCACCAGGGAUUAUAAUUUAAAACUUCUUGGAGCAUCAGAGAAAAUUGGGGAGAGAGAGUAUAGAAAUAUACUACCUAGACACAAAUCACGGCAAAGAAGAAAAUGAAGCCUGGGUGUACAGAGAGACUUUCGCCUCGACACAUUGUCCCCAAGCCUAGAGUCAGCAGACUGAGCGGGCUGUGUGGCUGCUGACCUCGUGCCCAUGCCCAGUGUUCAUAUAACUGGAAAAUGUGCUGUGGUAAGAGUCAUUCAAGCCCCUUCGUUUUUUUCCCCUCUAAGACAUGGAGGGCCUCAUAUAGCUCAGACUGGCCUCAGUACUCUGGUCCUCCUGUCUCACUGUCCAAGGGCUGCGCAUCCGGCUUUUGGUCUCAUACUUGGCCCAGACCUUGCCGACUGGUUGUCCUGGGUGUGUGGUGCUCCUGGAGAGCUGGGAAGCAUUGAAGAAAGCUGUGGUGUCCUCCAAGAAGACCAGGGCCACAAAAGUGUGCCUAGAAACUGAGUAGCAGGCUGACCACAGGUUCUCGGGUGCAGUGUACGGACUGGCAGGGACCUGAGCAGGCUCAGUGGCCGUGAGUAAGAGGCUUACUCCGUUGAACCUUGUGGACCUUAGCACCCCAGUGUGGCGGCUCAUUGGCCUGAUCCUUUGAUGCUUGCCAUCGAAUCUCCCAAUGCUGCAAUCAAGUGUUAGAGGACGGUACGUCGUCUUGUUAAUUUCUGGGUCUUUAAUCAUGAGGCUUUAUGUUGAAGAACUUGCUCUGACAUUCAGAAAGCCUCACGUUAGUUAAAGAAAUCCAUGGUUCCCUAAUUCUGGGGAUGUUCUGACAGACCUUGAGGCUGUAGAUACGUCAGAAAGCCUCCAUGUUAGUUAAGGAAAUCCAUGGUUCCCUAAUUCUGGGGAUGUUCUGACUGGGAAUGUUCUGACAGACCUUGAGGCUGAGAUACUACCAUGGGCCCACCAGCCUGGGACAGGCACACAUAUGCCUGGCUUGGGCAGACCUUUGCUAUCAACGAUUUCUUCUAAGGCCCCAGAGGCCACUGCAAGUGGAUGUUGCAAUCCGGAGUGACUGGGUCGGGUCAUUUUUGUGGUUGCAAAGCAGGACCCUGAGGAGCCUCUUGGGCUGGCAUGAUGGAUCUGACAAGACUCCACCUUGCAUGGAAUCAGGAAGGACCAAGGCUAUGGAAGGCUCACAACAUUGAUUGUCUCCGUCUUGUCUGUAGUCAUAGGAGUGUGGCCAGUCUCCUCUGCUUGGCGCCAUCUUUGUGGUGGCCUCAGCAUCUGAAAAUCCUCCGAGGAGGCAGAGCUGCCUCUUCUGGAUUAGUCGGAUUCCCUGUAGAUCACUCGGGCUCACAACUACUCCCUGCCCCACCCCCAACACCAUCUCUGUCUCACUUGAGCUUGUGGUGAGCCUUUGCAGAGGGGAGGAGCUCUUCCUGCCCAGGCACUCUCUGGGCUCCUGAUCCUCAAGCCUCUGCUUCCUGGGUGCUCAGAUCACAGGUGUGUGCCGUCUUAGCCUUGCGGACAGUUUUAAGACAGCCUUGGUCACCUUCAUCUCCCUCCCCGGGUCUUCCUGUCUUCACAAUAAAGAUCCCGAGUCCAGCUCUCCAGUCUGCAUUUUCCCUAAAGGGUGAACUUUAUUAGCUUUUAAAUGCUGACCUUGUCAGUCUCCACCAGCCAGCAAGGGCCCGUGUCAGCAAUAGAGGGGGCUGUGGGCACUGGCCCGGUGCCUGUGAGGAGUAGAGGCCUCUGCCCGGAUUCCCCGAGGGGAGAUCUUUCUUUGGAUGCCUGGCUUUGGUGAGACCUGGAACAGCUAGCUGUCUGUCCAUGCGAUUAUGGUAUCAGCAUUUGGGGCGGGGUUUUGGCUCUGCCAUCUUUAGGGGGGUGGGGGGUUGUGUUUGGAUACAGGAUCUUGCCAUGAACAGGCUGACCUCAGACAGACUCCUGCAUGGUCCUUCUGCCUCAGUUUCUCAAGUGCUGGAAUCACUGUGUUCCGUAUGCGUGGUUUCUGUUUAGAUAUUCUGGUCCACUGUAGUCUUUAUGCACACACUUAUUUUAAAAACACCACUGAGCCAUGAGACACAAAACCCCAAGUUGCCAGUCCUGUGGCUCCUUAAGAGUCACACCUUACAGCCUUAUCCUGGGUUGGGGAUUUGGCUCAGUGGUAGAGCUCUUGCCUAGCCAGUGCAAGGCCCUGGGUUCGGUCCCCGGUUCCAAAAAAAAAAGUCAACCUUAGGAGUUGUUAUCCUGUUGUGGUCAUCACUGGGGAUUCAAGACCCAAGAAAGCAACAGUGCAGAGUCUGUAGGAGCAGGCUGGGUGCCUUGGAUUGACUGCUCCAGAGUCUGGACAGAGGGGAGGGAGGAAGGUGGCCACAUCCUCCACCUGGAUCUCUUUAAUAAGAGCUUCUGACUUGGGGUUUCUCCCUGGUUCAUGACGUGGAAAUCAGAUGAUGUUAACCUACUAGAUACACAGGUGAGAGGAGCUGCUGGAUGGACCCAGGGCCUCAUCUCACCCAGACACCCACCACACUGAGGCAGGGACACACAAGCCCCCUCCAGGCUGUGGUCUUGAUCCACUUUCUAUCCUGUCUCUUACUCUUGGCCCAGGAGCCUAGAGCUCAUUGCUAACCCGGGUGCUAACCCGCGUGCCAGGUCUGUAGGCGUCCACCUCCUCUUCUAACCUCCUUACCAUUCUUUGUUGGUUAGCUGUGGAUGGCGGCAUGGUGGGUGAGACGUGGCGCCAUGCUGUUGGAGCUGAGUGAGCCAUAUUUUACCACCUAGGAGGGCUCUGCCUGGUGUCAGUUUCCUUCUCCGUGUCACAGAGAGAUGAAUGAGAUUGUCUAUAAACAGCCCUGCCAAGGCCCUCCCCUCUUAGCCUGUCUCUUGUGGUUGCAAACUCUUCGAAGGCAUCAGGGUUGUGUCCCUUGAGAAGGGUGUUACACACAUGUCCUCACUGGCAGGUGAAGAUCACUGACAGGCAGGUGCCUUGGUUGCCACUGAUAAACUACAUCCUCAACCCUUCCCCCCUCCCCACAUACUGCUUUAAAAACUGUGGCCCCUGAGUGCCCACUGCAUAGGUGCCACUGUGAAUCUUGUAAGAGUCACACCCAACUCCAUGUAAGUUAAUAAAGUCAUUCUCCACAGUGUGUGGCCCCUA